AUGUUGUUGAUUCUGACAGGUACAAGCAGUUUGGAGGUGAAAGAGAACCAGGAUGAUGAAAUCCCGGUGGACCGUGACCUGCUCCGAAAGUACCAUCCAUCAGCGUUUUGCACGACUUUCCUCAAACACGGAUCGAGAGCUCUGAAGAGGAAGCAGCCGCUGGCGGAUGGAAAAGACCGACUGCUCCUCCAAAGCUACCCGACCUGUAAAAGAACAGCCUGGGCUGUUGCUCAGAAGAACGCGCUGGUGCAGCUGAACGAGCUGCGACCCGGUCUGCGCUACGAGAUCCCGUCAAAAUCGGGCCCGCUGCAUGCUCCGGUGUUCUCCGUAGGCGUCGAGGUGAACGGCUUCCACUUCGAGGGCCGAGGACCAACGAAAAAACAGGCCAAGAUGAGGUCUGCGGAACUGGCCCUCCGGUCGUUCAUCCAGUUCCCCAACGCCUCCCAGGCUCACGCCACGAUGGGGAGCCUCACCAGCACUGCCGAUUUCACUGCGGACAUCCCCCACCCUUUCCUCCGAGAAUUUGAGUUGCGUGAAAGCUGUGAUCUUCUGCACCGCAACACAGCGAAAAAAGAGUUGUUUUCCAGCGUUUACAACCACAGACGACUCGUACGACUCACGCUGGACUUCUCCUCGAGUCGUCCAAAAAGCCUUUUGGAGCAACUCAGCCCGGUGGCGCUGCUCAACGAGCUGCGACCGGGACUCAGGUACAUGUGCCGGACGGAGAGGGUUCACGGCAGGACCGUGAGGAGUUUCGUCAUGGUACUCCGGUUGGAGGGGAGGGUGUAUGAAGGUUGUGGUCACAGUAAAAGAUCGGCCAAGGCCCAGGCAGCCGAGGCCGCCCUGCGGUCUAUUUAUAACGUGAGUCUGGGACCGGAGAGGAAAGUCACGGGUCUCCAACAUCAGCUACCUCAGUUCUUCGCAGAGUCGAUCUUCCACCUGGUUGGAGAGAAAUACUCCGAGCUGACAGACGGCUGCUCCUCUACCUCCUCGCACGGCCAUCACAAAGUCCUGGCAGCGGUCGUAAUGACCAGAGGCUUUGACCUGAGGUCAGCGCAGGUUGUGUCACUGGCCACGGGGACCAAGUGUCUGGACUCGGACAACGCUGGCGACCACGGCGCUACGCUCAGCGACUGCCAUGCCGAAGUCCUCAGCCGGAGGGCGCUGGUUCGAUUCCUGUAUGCCCAGCUGGAGCUGCUGCUCUGUGAGCCAGCAGAGUGUGAGGAACAAUCCAUCUUUGAACCAAAUGAAGGCGCUGGCGGCGGCGGCGGCUUCCGACUGCGUGACGCCGUCCUCUUCCACAUGUACGUCAGCUCGUCGCCGUGUGGAGACGCUCGACUCAACUGCCCCUACGAGACCACCGCCACAUAUCCCAGCAAGAGGUUCCACUGUCACCUCAGGGUGAAGGUGGAUGGAGGAGAAGGGACGCUGCCCAUCACAGUGCGAAGAGCCAAUCAGAACCGGGGCGGCGUGUCGGCGGGAAAAGCUCUCGUCACCAUGUCCUGCACCGACAAGCUGGCAAAGUGGAGCGUUGUGGGCCUCCAGGGGGCUCUCCUGUCUCACCUGGUGGAGCCCGUUUACCUGCACAGCCUGACGGUGGGCACGCUCAGCCACACGGGUCACCUGGGCCGGGCCUUGGCACGCCGCCUCGCGCCCGUCAAGCGCCUGCCCUUCCCGUACCGACGACAGCAGCUGCUGCUCGGCUGUCUGAGUAGCAGCGAGAUUCGGCCGGCGGGCAAAAAGCCGAGCGUCAGCGGCAACUGGAGCCGGGGUGACGGAGGCCUGGAGGAGAUCAGCACCUCCACGGGGAGGAGGAGGGACUCGGGAACGCCGUCGCGGCUCUGCAGGCGCUCCGUGUUCGCCCGAUGGCAACGGCUGCAGCGGCAGUUGAACGGCGCAGGAGCAACACCCGGGACAUAUUCUGGUUCCAAGACGGCUGCUGGACGCUACCAACGGGCGAUGCUGCAGUUCACCAGCGCUCUGCAGGAAGGAGGGCUGGGAACUUGGCUCAGAAAACCGCCAGAAUUGGGUCACUUCAACGUCAGUGUGUGAAAAACUGUUUGUUAAAAGGCCAAUUGUGAAGUGAAGUUCAUGUUUGUUUGUUUUUGCGAGUGCGUGUAAAAGGUACAAAUAAUGUGACGCUAGAUUGAGAAGAAAGUUGCUUAUUUUACCCUUCAUUUAUGUUAUGAGCUGAUGAGAGAGACAAGUAAAGCAUUUCUUCAUAAUGCAAAUGAGCUCAAAAUAUUCAGAAAAAAGACUCAAAUUCAGGCAAAAAGCUUGAGUAGAUUUGUUCGUGUGUAAUUUUAUCUUAAGUUGCCUCAUAGCUGCUAACUCUAGAAGAUAAUGCAAGCUCGUCUGGCCACCUUCUAUUCAUAACCAUGAUGCUGAAAACAUUAAGUAACAUUUAGGACAUGUUAUGAAGGUUGAACAAAGCAAAGCACUGUGUUUGAGUAAAGUUCCACAAACCACGUAUUAACUGACAAAGAGAUAGCACAGUUUAAGAUGAACGUAUAAAUGUGGGUUUUGCGCUAAUUAAGCAUAUUAUAAAGACCGAAAUAAAAAGUAUCUGAUAUCGGAAGCUAUGAUACUUCCCUCAUGGAGAAAAAAUCUACAAUCGGUUUUAACAAAAUGGCUGCAGAAAUUCAAUCGGCUAAUUUAACACCAUCUUAUUUUUUUGGGAACAAAACAGCUACAAAUUUUGAACCAAAUUAUUGAACCUCCCGAUUUAUUGUGGUAAAUGUGAAUAAACGGUCAAGGGUUGUGUUUGCUCGCCCGGUGUGGAUAGAAUUAGAUUAUUAAACUUGUAAGGUGCCACCACUCACCUUUUUUGAAGUGAUGACAGGCCAAAAUGUCCUCACUUUCCAACAGUGUCCUCACUUAUGGGUCUAAAACCUGUGGUCCUCACAAACACCUCAAUACAGGAUGACACACACUCACACUUGUCUUUGUCACUUAGGAGGACAUCACAUUAACGAUAUCAAUGCUUUGGUGACUCUUCCUUACCUGAACCAUAACCACUAAAUUAAUAAGUCAAACCAAUACUCUAAACCAAUUAACUCUAAAAUGUUACCUUGAGGGGUCCAUCUGUUUGUGCAGGUAAGUUCCCACAAUGCAACUGCGUGACCAUAUUUAUCUCCCCCAUAAUGUGAUUAAUGCAACAUGACCAAUGAAGUAAAAAUCAGUUUCAUUGGGCACAAGAGCUUCUGGUUUCUUUUACUUCUAAACUGAAAAAAAUAUUUUUAUUUAAUUUAUACUUUUUGUAUUUUGAUUUAGAAAAUGUGUUUUGUUGUUUCAGUAAUUUAUAUUUAAUUCAACUGUAUGUCUUACUGCUCUAUGCUCAAUUAUGUUAGUUUUUAGUAACCCUUCAUGACAUUAUAAACAGUGUUCAGAGUGCAUACCAGACUCAGGAGUGGGGGCACAGCGCCACCUAGUGGCAGUUUGUGUGCGUUACAAGAUGUGGAGUCUAGAUUUUACUGAAGCUAGAAACGUUAUGAUUAGAAUUUAAAUCCUUUUCCUCAUUUGCCCUUAAGAUUUAUUAUGUUUUGUCUUUAAAGCAUUGAUGUAUUGCUUGAUUUAUUACACAUAUCCCCAAAAGGUUUUUAAUGUUAGGGUAGUCGCCGUCUUUGUGUUAACUUACAGAAAGGUUUUCAGAGGUAAGGAAUGUAAAACAAGUACUUCUGCUGAAAGCCACUAGUGUUUUAUAUUAGGGAUGCAGAAUGGAUGUAGUUUAUAUUGGUCAUGACUAUUUUAAAUUACUGGGAAUAAAAGUAUCUUAUUUGUGUUA